ACUGACGAGAUCUCUUCUUCUUCUCUCCUUAUCCAGCACCACGCUCUUCUGCUGAAUCGGCCAUUGGCGCUCCUUCUCCUUCUCCUCAUCGUCCUCCGUUCUCGGAUUUACGACUCUUCUGGCACUACCUCCCCGCAUCAUGUCUUCGAAAUCACCACUGCCAACGGUCAACACCCCCGCGGAGCCUGCGAAAGCUGCUUUGCACCCGGCCAUUUACAUCGCAACGUGGAUUGCGCUCAGUUCUGGGGUCAUCAUCUUUAACAAGUGGAUUCUUCACACUGCUGGAUUCAGUUUUCCUUUGUUCUUGACAACAUGGCAUCUGGUUUUUGCUACCAUCAUGACCCGCCUGAUGGCGCGGUUCACAACAUUGCUCGAUUCCCGUCAUAACGUGCCAAUGACCUCGCGCGUCUACAUGCGCGCUAUCGUCCCGAUCGGUGCUUUCUUCUCUCUGAGUCUGAUCUGCGGUAACUUGGCAUACCUGUAUCUCAGUGUUUCCUUCAUUCAGAUGCUCAAGGCCACCAACUCCGUUGCGACUCUCCUCGCGACCUGGGCGAUGGGAAUUGCGCCCGUCCGCCUGAGCUUGCUCGGCAACAUCUCCUUCAUUGUGGUCGGUGUUAUUAUCGCUUCGAUCGGCGAGAUCAAGUUCACCAUGAUCGGUUUUAUCUGCCAAUUCUUCGCCACCAUCUUCGAGUCCGUUCGCCUAGUCAUGGUUCAGCGACUCCUCAGCUCCUCCGAGUUCAAGAUGGAUCCCUUGGUUUCUCUCUACUAUUUUGCGCCCGCUUGCGCCGUUAUGAACGCGAUCAUCACCGCCGUGGUGGAACUACCAACCAUGCAUAUGUCGGAUAUCUACAACCUUGGAGUUGGCACUCUUGUCUUGAACGCUGCUGUUGCUUUCGGACUCAACGUUGCUGUUGUCUUCCUGAUCGGCAAAACCUCUGCUCUCGUGCUUACCCUAUCCGGUGUGCUCAAGGAUAUCCUCCUCGUGGUCGCAUCGAUGGUCAUCUUCCGCGACCCUGUCACGCCUCUUCAAUUCUUUGGCUAUGCGAUCGCUCUGGGUGGUCUCAUCUACUACAAGCUCGGAAAGGACGGAGUUACCGCGCUGCUGGCCCAGAUCCGCUACAACGUCGUCGGAGGCGCCCGCCCAUAGGCCAGUUGGGAAUGUAGUUCUGGUCACGACGGUGCCAACAGUGUUGAAAUACGUAGGUGUGCACCGUCGGGGGCAUGUACGAUGCGGGGAAGGUAGGAGGACCAUGACCCACAAGAUUUCAUCAUAAUAUAGAUAUAAUUCGUGUAUAGACGUGCAGACGGG